AUGCCAUCAAACACACCGGAACAGGCUACGACCCCAGCCAACGCCAAGCCAAGAAGCGCGGCCUCCAGAUACCGGAACUCAAGAUUCUCCGUCAAAAUUGAUCCUGAAAAGCUUCUUGAACGGCAGAUCAUAUGGUUCGCCAACGGCUUUCCGGGCAACAAGCUCCCCGAAAGACUUGAGGCUGCGGUCGAGAAGGCAAAGCUUCAGCAGCCAAAGUGGGAGAGGUAUGCAGAUAGAGGAGAGGAGUGGCCGUUGGAAUGGGAUAUGAAUGAGGGUGAUGCACUAAGCGAUGCUAUCACGCUGGUUCUGGAAGCUCCUCUUCGUGAUGGUGUUGCGAUUGAAUGGCUGGGUCAGACGAAGGGCAUAAUUAUUAAGGACCUUAAUAGAGACAAUGAAAAUUAG